AUGAGUACAGAACAACAACGUCAUCAUCACCAUCAUCACCAUCACCAUCACCACCAUCGUCAUAAUCAGUAUGGCACUGGAAAUGAUUCCUCAAACACUAAUAUGAGCACCAACAAUAUUCAAGAUAACAAUGGUAUUCCACGUCCAAGACUGUCAGAUGGAUCAAGGAUUGGGAACUACCAAAUCGUGAAAACACUGGGGGAAGGUUCCUUUGGUAAAGUUAAAUUGGCUUACCAUAUCACCACUGGCCAGAAAGUUGCAUUGAAAAUCAUUAACAAAAAGGUUCUUGCUAAGAGUGAUAUGCAAGGUAGAAUUGAAAGAGAAAUAUCCUAUUUAAGGUUGCUAAGACACCCCCAUAUCAUUAAAUUAUACGACGUUAUCAAGUCUAAAGAUGAAAUCAUCAUUGUUUUCGAAUUCGCACAGAACGAACUCUUUGACUACAUCAUCCAAAGAGACAAGAUGUCAGAACAGGAAGCACGUAGAUUCUUUCAACAAAUUAUUAGUGCUGUGGAAUAUUGUCAUAGACAUAAAAUCGUUCAUCGUGAUUUAAAACCUGAAAAUCUAUUAUUGGAUGAACAACUCAAUGUUAAGAUUGCAGAUUUUGGUUUGUCUAAUAUCAUGACUGAUGGAAACUUCUUAAAGACCUCCUGUGGUUCUCCAAACUAUGCCGCUCCAGAGGUUAUUAGUGGGAAACUUUAUGCUGGUCCGGAAGUCGAUGUCUGGUCCUGUGGUGUCAUUCUUUAUGUCAUGCUAUGUCGAAGACUGCCCUUUGAUGAUGAAAGUAUUCCUGUCUUGUUCAAAAAUAUCAGCAAUGGUGUCUAUAUCUUACCAAAAUUCUUAUCACCUGGUGCCGCUAAUCUAAUCAAGAGGAUGUUGAUUGUAAAUCCAUUAAAUAGAAUCAGCAUCAACGAAAUCUUUCAGGACGAGUGGUUCAAAGUCGAUCUACCAGAGAGCUUGAUCCCUGAUUAUUUGAAAAAUAGUAAAAAUUCUAACUCCAAUUCCAAUGAUACCUCAAGUAAUAACGAUGAUGACCAAUCUGUAGAAGUCAUUGACGAUGAUUUAGUCAAUGCUUUAGCAAAUACUAUGGGUUAUGAUAGAGAAGAAAUCUACGAGUCCUUGGAAUCAAACGAAGAUAAUUCUAAUUUGAAUGAAAUUAGAGAUGCUUACAUGCUAAUGAAAGAAAAUAAAUCACUAUUGCAGAAUUUAAACACCAAAAAUAACAACAUUAAUAAUAGUAACAGUAGUAAUGCAGAUCCACUAGACACUUUCUUGGCACAAGCACCUCCAUCAUACCAAAAGAAAGUGGACAAUUCUAGCAGUAUCAUCUCUCCAGAUCAAAACAUUGCCAAUCAACCUUCAGGCUCAAGGAAAAGAAUUGCAAGUUCUACUACAAAACACAGAACAUAUCAUCAAAUACCGUUCAUGGAUCAAUCCAAAGAAGAAAAUUCAACAAUCUCAAUCUUACCAACAUCACUACCACAGAUCCAUAGAGCCAAUAUGUUAGCACAGGGAUUUCCUGCUGCAUCCAAAAUCUCUCCAUUAGUUAACAAGAAAUCAAAAACAAGAUGGCAUUUUGGUAUACGGUCACAUUCCUAUCCAUUGGAUGUCAUGGGCGAGAUUUACAUCGCUUUAAAGAAUCUAGGUGCCGAAUGGGCUAAACCAUCAGAAGAAGAUCUUUGGACCAUCAGGGUCAGAUGGAAAUAUGACGUUGCCCAAAAUAGAACAAAUAAUGAAAAGAUUCCAGAUUUGAUGAAAAUGGUGAUCCAAUUAUUCCAAAUUGAGACUAAUAAUUAUUUGGUUGACUUUAAAUUUGACGGUUGGGAGAGCAGUUAUGGUGAUGUAACAAGAAAUUCUUCAAUCACUGAAGAUGAAAUGAGUACUUUUUCAGCAUACCCAUUUUUACAUCUAACCACCAGGUUAAUUAUGGAAUUAGCAGUUAACAGUCAAAGUGCCUAA